CGUGAUGCCGUUUGGUUGUCAGUCCUCCGCUAGGCUGACCCCGCGGCGCCCCCUUUCCCUUGCGGGCCUGGCCUGGCCCCGCUGGAGGGCCAGCGUGGGGCGCGUCCUGUCCACACCCUGGGUUUCACAGAUCGACCUGUACGCGGGGGCCCUCUUCGUGCACAUCUGCCUGGGCUGGAACUUCUACCUGUCCACCAUCCUCAUGCUCGCCGUCACGGCCCUGUACACCAUCGCAGGGGGCCUGGCCGCUGUGAUCUACACAGAUGCCCUGCAAACGCUCAUCAUGGUGGUGGGAGCCGUGAUCUUGACGGUCAAAGCUUUUGAGCAGAUCGGCGGGUAUGAUCAGCUGGCGUCGGCCUACGCCCGGGCCGUCCCAUCCAGGAUCAUCUCCAACACCACCUGCCACAUGCCGCGGGCAGACGCCAUGCACAUGUUCCGAGACCCCUACACAGGGGACCUCCCGUGGACCGGGAUGACCUUCGGCCUGACCGUCAUGGCCACCUGGUACUGGUGCACCGACCAGGUCAUCGUGCAGCGGUCACUGUCCGCCAGGGACCUGAACCACGCCAAGGGGGGCUCCAUCCUGGCCAGCUACCUCAAGAUGCUGCCCAUGGGCCUGAUCAUCAUGCCGGGCAUGAUCAGCCGCGUGCUGUUCCCAGGCCCUGACUCAAAUGCUGCCACAAGCAAGUGCCACGUCUGUGUUUCUGGAGAAACGGCAGCGACCCCACCGAGUGGCAUGCCGUCUCCCCAAGGCCCGGACCCUGAGACCCAGGUCGGCGUGGGCAGUUUCCCUGUGUACCUGUCCUGCCUGCCCCACCCUCCAAGGCCACGGAGACGCCUGCAGGAGGCCCAGAGGGAGCCGGCCGGGGUCUCUCCCCUCACGGUGCUCCCCAGCAGAAGGGGAGAGACACACCCCACCCGCCCUGGCGCCCAGAGGUCACCGCAGACACAGUGCACAGCAGGCAAGUCCCUGGCACUCACUGGGCCACUUUCACCACCUGGAAAAGCAGGAAGUGGGUCCGCAUCUCUGGGUCUGUCUGACCCUAAGGCUCAGAUGGACACAGGACGGUGGCACCAUGGGCUCCAGACUGUCCUCCUGGGAAGCCGCUCGGGCCCAGGAGCCGCGCUCAGCAGACGGCAGCGGUGGCUUUCCUGCCUCCUCACUGACCCACAGUGCCCUCGGGGUGGACAGGCCGGGGGUCAUCACCUCAGCGUCUCCUGCUUCCCUCUGUGCCAGCUGGAGGGCAGUGACGCACAGGAACACAUAGGGCAUGCUGCACACUGUCCUAAGGUGGGGACAGUGCCUUCAAGACCUGGGAUUCCACUUCCAGCCACGACGGAAUAACGGAGACUACACUUACCCACCUGCCUUAGCAAUAAACACCAGGCAGAGUCUAUGAAGCCAUGGCCAACAGGCAGCACAGCAAGUGCAAUGACCCCUGGCAGAAGGGAGAUGAGCGAGGUCAGCUGUAGGACCGCCCCAGCCACCUCCAGGCCACGGCCGAGUCCAGUGGGCUCCCUGAGUUGAGGAGACGAAGCCUGCUCAGAGCCUGGCAGCCAGAAUUUUCAGGACAGAGGAGAGGAAAGGGCUGCACAGAGCAAAGGCCAGAGACCUGCAGGGAGCUGCCUCUUGAGGCUUCAGCUGGAGACCGAGGAGCACACAAAGAGGAAGGUGCCACCGAGGCUGGGACAGGCCCACUGGAAAGGAGCAACGGCCGGUGCUCACACGGGACCAGGAGUCAUUUACGUCCCCACAGCCAGAGCGCAGGCCCCUCUAACACUCAGGGCACACAGGAGGAUUCUCAGAAGGAUACGACCUACAUGGUGGGCAAACAGGCCCUGCACCAGGGGCCAGUGAGCUUUUUCUAUAAAGGCCAUAUAGCAAAUGUCUCAGGCUUUGCAGGCCACAUGUCUCUGACACACCUCUCAACUCUGAAAACAGCCACAAACAGCUAAUAAACAAAUGUAUACAUCUCCGUUCCAUUAUUUACAAAAGCAGGCAUAGGCUAGAUUUGGUCCAUAGUUUGCCAACACCUUCCCUGGACCAAAUAUGCUUUGGUCCCACCUAAUAAAGCUUAACAGGGCUUCCCUGGUGGCGCAGUCAUUGAGAGUCCGCCUGCCGAUGCAGGGGACACAGGUUCGUGCCCCGGUCCGGGAAGA